GAAUACUCAAACUCAAGGUUUUGAAUUGGAUUUAUCUAUAUUUAAUAUUUAUUUAUUCAACUUGUUGUCAAGCAAGGUUGAAUGUGGACCAAGUAUUAAGUUAAGAAAUAAUCAGUAAGUUAAUUCACACCAAAAAAUUCACUAAUAAAUAAAAAAUAAUGUCUGAAGAAAAGGAAUCUUGGACUGGUGAACGAAGAAACAAAGAUUUACGUAUGUUUCCGAGUUGUUCCAGUUUUGAUUUGUUAGAUCCACACGAUCCUGUCCUUAGCCGAUUAGCAACGCAGAUGUUUAAACGUACUAACGACUACCUUCAAGGAGAAAUUGAGACUGGUCAGGAAAAUUAUGUUCUCUUAGAAGAGACAAACAGAAUGGUCAUCACUAAAUAUGCAAGUCUUCAAUCCCUGGCAGUAAAUCUCAACAAGUCAUUAGAUGACAGCAAUCAUAAAUAUCAAGUAGAAGUUAAGCCGUUGCUUGAGCAAAUUGAUAAAAUAUAUGUUGAACUGUCAGCACUAGAGUCCACAGCUUUCCGUUUGGACAGCUACACUAAACUACUUUUGGGGCGUUUUGUGGAACUCCUCGGGAUAGAUAACCACAAUGGUACUAAUUAAUUUAAGAUGUUUUGGGGACUUAUUGUAUCCCAUACUUACCAAUAAGUCUAGGAGCCAUGAGUAGAUCGAACAGGCUGCACAAAAAAACUCAGAUCUCAAAAUGUUACCUAGGUCUUAUAUAAGAUAUCUCAUCUCACCUAAAUCUUGUAUUUGUUAGCUUCUAGUUAUGUCUUAUACAUUAUUAAAUGUAUUAUUCAUGUUUAAUAAACAUUGUUAAUGUUAAUACUUUUGUUCUUAGUUUAAUUUUGUCUCAUUAUAAUAGUUCAAUGGAUAUUUUUUUAGAAAUAACCUUUCAGUCUGCAGAAGUUGUUAUAAAGUGUAAUUAAAAUUUUCCUAAUUA